AGCCAAAAACAUAAGACUACAGUGAAUAUAAGGGGAAUUACUGGCGAGAGAGCUGUAGACCAACUUAACACUGAACCCAUUACUUUUCCAAGACCAGAAAAAAAUAUUACAUGAACAGGAACUACUUCUCCUUCAGAUAAGAAUUCAAGCUUUGACAUUGUAAACCACAGACGAAUUGGAGCUUGGCAUUGAAAGGAGGUGUUCUGCAAUGAUUUUUUUUCUUGUUUAGAGAAGUUUACUUCUACAAGAAGAAAUCUGAAAAAUGACAGGAGCAAAGAGGAAAAAGAAAAGCAUGCUUUGGAGCAAGAUGCAUACCCCCCAGUGUGAAGACAUUAUACAGUGGUGUAGAAGGCGACUGCCCGUUUUGGAUUGGGCACCACAUUACAAUCUGAAAGAAAACUUGCUUCCAGACACUGUGUCUGGGAUAAUGUUGGCAGUUCAACAGGUGACCCAAGGAUUGGCCUUUGCUGUUCUCUCAUCUGUGCACCCAGUGUUUGGUUUAUAUGGGUCUCUGUUUCCUGCCAUAAUUUACGCCAUAUUUGGAAUGGGACAUCAUGUUGCCACAGGCACCUUUGCCUUGACAUCCUUAAUAUCAGCCAACGCCGUGGAACGGAUUGUCCCUCAGAACAUGCAGAAUCUCACCACACAGAGUAACACAAGCGUGCUGGGCUUAUCCGACUUUGAAAUGCAAAGGAUCCAAGUUGCUGCAGCAGUUUCCUUCUUGGGAGGUGUGAUUCAGGUGGCCAUGUUUGUGCUGCAACUGGGCAGUGCCACAUUUGUGGUCACAGAGCCUGUGAUCAGCGCAAUGACAACUGGGGCUGCCACCCAUGUGGUGACUUCACAAGUCAAAUAUCUCUUGGGAAUGAAAAUGCCAUAUAUAUCCGGACCACUUGGAUUCUUUUAUAUUUAUGCAUAUGUUUUUGAAAACAUCAAGUCUGUGCGACUGGAAGCAUUGCUUUUAUCCUUGCUGAGCAUUGUGGUCCUUGUUCUUGUUAAAGAGCUGAAUGAACAGUUUAAAAGGAAAAUUAAAGUUGUUCUUCCUGUAGAUUUAGUUUUGAUUAUUGCUGCAUCAUUUGCUUGUUAUUGCACCAAUAUGGAAAACACAUAUGGAUUAGAAGUAGUUGGUCAUAUUCCACAAGGAAUUCCCUCACCUAGAGCUCCCCCGAUGAACAUCCUCUCUGCGGUGAUCACUGAAGCUUUCGGAGUGGCACUUGUAGGCUAUGUGGCCUCACUGGCUCUUGCUCAAGGAUCUGCCAAAAAAUUCAAAUAUUCAAUUGAUGACAACCAGGAAUUAUUGGCCCAUGGCCUCAGCAAUAUAGUUUCUUCAUUUUUCUUCUGCAUACCAAGUGCUGCUGCCAUGGGAAGGACGGCUGGCCUGUACAGCACAGGAGCAAAGACACAGGUGGCUUGUCUAAUAUCUUGCAUUUUCGUCCUUAUAGUCAUCUAUGCAAUAGGACCUUUGCUUUACUGGCUGCCCAUGUGUGUCCUUGCAAGCAUUAUUGUUGUGGGACUGAAGGGAAUGCUAAUACAGUUCCGAGAUUUAAAAAAAUAUUGGAAUGUGGAUAAAAUCUAUUGGGGAAUAUGGGUCAGUACAUAUGUAUUUACAAUAUGCUUUGCUGCCAAUGUGGGACUGCUGUUUGGUGUUGUUUGUACCAUAGCUAUAGUGAUAGGACGCUUCCCAAGAGCAAUGACUGUAAGUAUAAAAAAUAUGAAAGAAAUGGAAUUUAAAGUGAAGACAGAAAUGGACAGUGAAACCCUGCAGCAGGUGAAAAUUAUCUCAAUAAACAACCCGCUUGUUUUCCUGAAUGCAAAAAAAUUUUAUACUGAUUUAAUGAACAUAAUCCAAAAGGAAAAUGCCUGUAAUCAGCCACUUGAUGAUAUCAGCAAGUGUGAACAAAACACAUUGCUCAAUUCCCUAUCCAAUGGCAACUGCAAUGAAGAAGCUUCACAGUCCUGCCCUAAUGAGAAGUGUUCUUUAAUCCUGGAUUGCAGUGGAUUUACCUUUUUUGACUAUUCUGGAGUCUCCAUGCUUGUUGAGGUUUACAUGGACUGUAAAGGCAGGAGUGUGGAUGUAUUGUUAGCCCAUUGUACAGCUUCCUUGAUAAAAGCGAUGACGUAUUAUGGAAACCUAGACUCAGAGAAACCAAUUUUUUUUGAAUCGGUAUCUGCUGCAAUAGGUCAUAUCCAUUCAAAUAAGGCCAGUUAUAAACUGUUGUUUGAUAACUUGGCUCUUCCAACAAUGCCACCGCUCUGAGGAUUGGGUGGUUGCCUAUCAUUUGCAAACUGCUUACUUGUACAACAAAUGCUUCUUCCAGGAUCUACUGUCCUGGGGACUUGAAUCCACCUUUCUCAAAUAUAAAAACUCUAAAUAUGGCCUUUUAAGUUUUUUCUGCUUUGAUAUCUUGCCUCUAAGCUUAUAUUGCCAUCUUUGGAAAUACUAUUUGUAGAGUCUAGUGCUCACAUGAUCUGAAGUGUCAAAGUUAUUUUACAAAUGCUGGGCUUAUGGUUUAGUUUUACAAUUGUUCUUAGAGCUUUAAUUUCCUGCAAUUUUUCCUUGAGUUUUGAAUUGUUUUGCCUUUCCUCACCGCUAGAAUAACAUUUGGUGCCUCGCAGAGUCAUCCCUAUUGUAUACAAUCAGAACAGUAUGUAUUUACAAAAUAAUAAUAACACUAUUAUUAUUAAAUCUAACAUAUAUUGAGUGCUCUCAUUAUAUUCCAGGAAUAUUCUAAAAGCUUUACUAUGUUGUUUAACUGAAUUUGCCAUGACCUUAUGAGGUAGAUAUGAUAAUUUAACCCAUUUUUAGAAACAAGGAAACUGACCAGGGAAAUUACACCAUCUGUAAGUGGUAGAGCUGGUUGCAGAGUCAGCAGUUUGAGUUUGGACCUGGAGCUUUGAACUGCUCUACUCCGAUGCCUCAUAAAAGGUUCAUUUUCUUUGGCUUAGCUGGACAGCUUGCUUCAGUUACUACUGUUCUUUUACCUUGGUACCAAUUUAAGAGUUGAGUAAAUAGCACAUACUUAUUUCUUCCUCUGGUAUUUCAGAAUUUGAGCAAACUCAGUGACCACAGUGAAGUCUGAGACCCUUUUGUCACAGUACAGCUCUUGUCUUUACCAACUGCCUGAGGAGGCCAUAUGCUGGCAUUUUGCACAACUUUUUGGUUGUUUAGAUCCUACAGAUGACCUCUGCUACAAUAAGUACGAUGUGACUUAGUAACUGCAUAGCAGUUGGAAAGAACUGCCAACUUUUUUUUCUCAUUUUUGUUAGUAAGAAGAUUCACUUAGUUAUUUUAUGUAAAAAUCAGUGUGUGUUUAGUUUUAGUGCACUGAAGGGUAAACAUGGUUUUAUUUUAUUUUACCAUAUUAUUUUGUGUUGUUUUAUUUCUAUUGUGCUGUAAGUUGAUGUUUAAAAUUGAGAAAUACUUUUGUCAUAGGUAAUUUGGAACAUUUACAAGCCAUUUGUAAAAUUUUAAGAUAAUCUGUAGCUAAUACAUAAAAACAACUUAGCAAAUGUGCCAUUUUCACACAACUUCUCUCUGUGUAGGCCUCUGAAAUAUCAAUAAGGCUAAAUAUUACUUUACACAGUAAGAUGUGAAAUUCACAAAAAGUAAACCAAACAAAACAAAUGAAAAACUGGAAAUAAUUCGUUUCCAUAUCUUUCCAUACAUCCAUUUCUGAAGUAUUCAGGAAUGUUUUCAUAAUCGAAAGAAAUGGGUAUCCCAAUAAAACCAAGUUCUUGACAGUGGUCUGUUUUGCUGUGAAUAUUGGAAAUGCUUAGGAUCUUCAGACCCAAUAGCUCUAAUUUUAACAUUUCUACCCAAUAAGAGGCUCUGUUUUCCACUGAAGCUUUGUUGGAGAAAGAGAAUAUGAAAAUUACACAUUUUAUAAUUUUUAGAUGAGAAAAUACCACUAGCAGAAUAGCUUUGUGCUAUUCCAGUAUAAGAUGAACUGUAAUAAUUUUUGACUUCCCUAUUUCAGAGAUAGUCAAUAUAAUAUGUUUAUCUAUAUCCAUAUGGAUGGAUAGGUAGGUAGAUCUUCAUAGCUUUUUUUUUCUUUUGUUAGAGGAGAGCUUGAUGUGAUUAUCUGCAAACCCACCAAACCAACAGGAUAAUUGACAAAUAAACGCCAUAGGCUAGGCUGAACUGUAUGUUACUGUUUUCAUGCUUAUACAUAUAUUUUCAAUCACAUACAAGUACAUAGAAUUUCACAUUUUAAUUUAGCAAAUUGAUUUACCUAGGAAAAAAUUAUCACCUUCAAAGAUAGGCAUAGACACAUAAUUAUGCUUAAGCUUUUAACAGCAUUUUAACCGCUCUAAAAAUUACCAGAGUAAGAAAAAGCUAGGUACUUUAAAGUGAGUUUGAGAAACAAGUUGAAACUAAAAUUAAAAUACCAGCCAUUUAGGUGCUUUCUCUGGCAUCUAUAAAAGUAAAUUCUAGUGCCUGCCAAGUGAUGGAUUAUAAUGGUCUGUAGCAAAUGUGUGGUAAACAUUCAUAUGGCCAUUAAUUUUAACAUUAAAUCGUAGGUAGGGCAAUGUAGUAAAACGAAAGAGAAUUAAGAAAGGUUUCGAAUUCUUAUAACAUAUCCAGCCAUUUCAAUUUUGAUUGAAAUGAACUACAAAGAAUAGUGUUUGUCCCUAUGGUAGCCUCGGUCUCUUUAUCACUAACUUGGAUUGAAAUGAGUGAGGCCAACUCACAUUCCCAUCAAACACUCUUCCAAGGAAAAGCAGAAGUAAUAAUUGGAGGUAAAGUUUCCUUAGAGAAAAUAAUUUUAUUCUGCUUUGUCCAAUUAAAUUAUUCCAAUGGUGGAUGGUAAUAUUCACCAUCUCUAAUUCAUUGGUCACUGGUAGGUAAGCAUGAAUUAAGGAAAGUCAAAAAUGAAAAUAUAUUUUGCUGUGUAUAAAUUGAUAUUUUGCUAUGCAACUCCUGUAAUUGAAUUUGUAUAAUGCAGGCACUUUCUAAUUUAUUAGAGAUUAUGGUUCAGUUCUGACAUUAAAGUCAUAGUUAAUUGAUGGAUGGUUUUUAUAGUUUGUUGAUAAAGUGGACACAGUAUUGUCUGAGCAGUUACAUUUUAAUGCAUUUCAGUGUUUAUAGUAGAAGUUUAGUGGAUAAAACUUUAAGUCCAAUAACUUGGGGGUCAAAUGCUAAUGUUUUAUUCGAUGUAAAGGAAGACCAAACCAUGUACCUUAUGAAGACCUUUGUUUUAAGACUUCCACACACCAAGGCUACAAUGACUGUUAACCUGGAGGAAGUCUCUGGUAUGGAGUUCUGAGAGUUUAAGAGCUAAACAUGAGUUUAGACACACAAGAUUCUAAAAUGCAAAUGUUUAUUUUGAAGCAGGCAUUGACAACACAAAAACUGUGUAGUGGAUUGUUUCUAAAGUCACAAUGAAUUAUUUUUAUGAGAUUACCUUAUUUUUAUAUAUGACAAACUACUUCUAUAAUACUUAUUAUGGUAAAAUAAAAUUGGAAAAAAUUAAAACUGACCUAUAAGAGUGUUAAGGACCUAAUAGAGUGACAUAUAUAAGUUAAGCAUAAAAUAUGUAACCAGGAAAAGACUGUUAACAUUACAUUUAUGCAAAUUAAAUGCCCUUAAAUUUCGCCAUUUGUCUUUCAUUUUAAAGGUUAUUUGCUCCCGAUUAUAUGAUUCAAGUGUUAUAAGAUUUAGCUUGAACUACUUUGCAGUAAUUUAUUUGACAGAUCUCUAUUCUAUAAAUGUGUAAUGUGAUGAAGAAAGAGAUCUUUCUUUUUUAAUGAAAACAUUAAUGUGUUAAUACCCUGUAUGGAUAAUGCUUGACAUUUAGUGGUUGCCAAAAUAUAUUAGUAUAUUGUUGAACAUACAUUAUGCCUUAGAAAUGCACAUUCUGUAUUUUGUGGGAUGAUAAUCUAAUUCAGUAUAGAAUAUGCUGUUUGGCAAUGAGUUUGUGGCCAGAUUUCAAAUAGGGAGUUAAGUGGUACUUUCACAAUCCAAAGAUUUUUAGUUAAAAAUCAUGUAGUCUAAUAUGCUGCAGUUAUUUUUUUAUAUUUUUCAAUGCAUUUAAUUAUCUUUUUUAUAAUUCUUUGUACUAACUCAGCAUGUAACCACCAAUUUACAUGGAAAUAAAUCAAAAUAUGAUAACUAUUAUG